AUGUACGGGGACUUGGGCAACAAGCUGGUCCACCAUGCCAAGCGAACGCAGAACCUGACCCAUCUUCCUCCAUACCAAGCUGAGAUUGUCCGCGCCGUGACGCGAGAGGUCAGGGAUCUAAAGAAGGAUGUAGACGAACUCCUCGAGCCCUUUGACGAUGGUUUCCAACCGACCGAGGAACAAGCUAUUGCCUGCACCGUGCUGGUAAACCACCUGGCGAUGCGUCGGAACAAGCGGUGUUUGCUUGCAUAUCAUCGAACGCGGACGGAUAAGCUCGAAGAGCUCGUGUGGAAUGGAUCAGAUGUGGUUGAUCUGUCGGGCCAGCAAGUGCGGGAUGCCGCAGGCACAUCCAAUGGCGGAGCUGUUGGGGCCGGCGAUGCAACAACAAGCAGCCUGAGCCCUCAGGAGGAGGAGUACGUCCGCCAAUACGGAGACCUGCUUGCGGCGUACAAAGGCCAAUGGACGGACAUUGAUUUGACGGGGAGCCUGGAGCCACCGCGGGAUCUGUUUAUCGACGUGCGUGUGCUAAAGGAUGCCGGAGAGAUACAGACAGAAUAUGGCGCCAUCACUCUGACCAAGAACAGCCAGUUUUAUGUGCGGCAGGGAGACGUCGAGCGACUGAUUGCGCAGGGAUAUCUUCAUAAGCUGGGCUGA